GGUACAAAUUCAGCCAGCCUCUGCAUAAUCUAUUACGUCUUUCCCGCGCGGCCCAUAGCAGCUGACCUAGUUAUAUAUGUUCGUCGGUCUGCUAUAUUCGCUCGGCCGAAGCAGGAGAAGACGGAGAUAAUCGGCUGCCACGGCAGCAAAGUACUACGAGAAUUAAGUGGUAACAUUUUAAAUAUUUAAUACCAUGCACUUGCGUCUAGCGACUCCUACUGAAGUAUAAGUCCACGAUAAUUUUUAAUAUGAACUAAAUCUCGUACUUAUCGUCUUCCAUCCACGCAACCAUUUCACGAAAUACUCGCCGAGACUAUGACGAGGAUGAAGGUCUUAAUUAACGGCGGAGGUAUCGCAGGUGGCGCCCUCGCUUUCUGGCUCUCGAAGAUUGGUCAUGACGUUACGGUUCUCGAAUGGUUUCCCACGCUGCGAACCACCGGACUUCAACUAGAUCUACGAGGUCACGGGAUCGAGGUCAUGAAACGCAUGGGUCUCGAGAAGGAUUUCCGGGCAAGGAUGGCCCCAGAACAGGGCCUACAGAUAGUCAACAAUGCGGGAAAACGGCGGGCCUUCUUCCCGGCAAAUAAGUCUGGCAAAGGACUGCAGAACUUCACGACCGAUUAUGAGAUCAUGAGAGGGGAUUUCUGCCGCCUCUUAUACGACUACUCUAAGGACCGGACUAAGUAUGCCUUUGGAACGUCAGUCAAAAGCUUCGAGCAGAACGACAACGGGUUGGAGGUUCAGCUUACAGACGGCACGAAAGAUCGAUUCGACCUCCUAGUGGGCGCAGAUGGGCAGAACUCACGAACACGUAGGAUCAUGCUCGGGUCCGACACGGAGGGGCUCUACCCACUCCGCGAAAUUUACGUAGCGUACUUCACGAUGAAUAAGCCAAUUAAAGAAGGAGAAGGAUAUCUCGCGACGGUAUACAUGACCACCGGAAGACGAGCUAUCAUGACCAGAAGACAUAGCCCGGAUCAAAUCCAGGUAUAUCUCACCUGCAAGAGCGAUUCCGAACGACUGAAGAAUGCCCCCCGGGGAGACGUGAAGGAAGAAAAGGAGGCAAUGGCGGAGAUCUUCAAGGACGCGGGGUGGGAGGCUGGGGAACUCGUGCCGGCUAUGAUGGAAUCCGACGACUUCUACCUGGAGCACAUGGGCCUCGUCAAGCUGGACUCCUGGCACCGCGGACGCGUAGCUCUCGUCGGGGAUGCCGCUUACUGCCCCACUGCUAAUACGGGGAUGGGAACUACGUCCGCCAUCGUAGGCGCAUACGUCCUCGCGGGGGAAAUCGGCAGGCACUGCAAGAACAGCGCCGGCGAGCCAGACAAUAACAAGGCCGGAAUUAUGGCUGCGUUAAAGGCCUACGACGAGACGUUCCGCCCUUUCAUGGAGCAGGUGCAGAAGGACGUCAGCGACGGCAAGGGUAUCACGAGCAACAUGAUGCCAACGACGUCCUUUGGGGUCGGGGUUAUGAAUUUCGUUGCGGGAGCUGCGGCUUUCUUCAGGUUAGAUAUCAUGGCGCGGGCGUUUCUAAAGGAAGGGGUUAAGUGGGAUCUUCCGGAGUAUGAGGAGAUUCUGCGAAAGUGA